GGAAUUGACUGCUCUACCCCAUGCCCUCUGGGAACCUAUGGUGUAAACUGUUCCUCUCGCUGUGGCUGUAAGAAUGAUGCUGUCUGCUCUCCUGUGGAUGGGUCUUGUACUUGCAAGGCAGGCUGGCAUGGGGUGGACUGCUCCAUCAGCUGCCCCAGUGGCACAUGGGGCUUUGGCUGUAACUUAACAUGCCAGUGUCUCAACGGGGGAGCCUGCAACACCCUGGACGGGACUUGCACGUGUUCACCUGGAUGGCAUGGGGACAAGUGCGAACUUCCCUGCCAGGAUGGCACAUAUGGGCUGAGCUGCGCUGAGCGCUGUGACUGCAGUCACGCAGACGGCUGCCACCCCACCACAGGCCAUUGCCGCUGCCUCCCUGGAUGGUCAGGUGUGCACUGUGACAGUGUGUGCGCUGAAGGACGCUGGGGCCCCAACUGCUCCCUGCCCUGCUAUUGUAAAAAUGGGGCUUCGUGUUCCCCCGAUGAUGGCAUCUGUGAAUGUGCGCCAGGAUUCCGAGGCACCACUUGCCAGAGAAUCUGCUCCCCUGGUUUUUAUGGGCAUCGCUGCAGCCAGACAUGCCCCCAGUGUGUCCAUAGCAGCGGCCCAUGCCACCACAUCACAGGCCUGUGUGACUGCUUGCCUGGCUUCACAGGAGCCCUCUGCAAUGAAGUGUGUCCCAGUGGCAGAUUUGGGAAAAACUGUGCAGGAAUUUGCACCUGCACCAACAAUGGCACCUGUAACCCCAUUGAUAGAUCCUGUCAGUGCUACCCGGGUUGGAUUGGCAGUGACUGUUCUCAACCCUGUCCACCUGCUCACUGGGGCCCCAACUGCAUCCAUACUUGCAACUGCCACAACGGAGCCUUCUGCAGUGCCUACGACGGGGAAUGUAAAUGCACUCCUGGCUGGACGGGGCUCUACUGCACUCAGAGAUGCCCUUUGGGGUUUUAUGGCAGGGACUGUGCAUUGAUAUGCCAGUGUCAAAAUGGAGCUGACUGUGACCACAUCUCUGGGCAGUGCACUUGCCGCACGGGAUUCAUGGGAAGGCACUGUGAGCAGAAGUGUCCUGCAGGAACAUAUGGUUAUGGUUGUCGUCAGAUAUGUGACUGUCUGAACAACUCCACCUGUGACCACAUCACUGGGACUUGUUACUGCAGCCCAGGAUGGAAGGGGGCACGAUGUGAUCAAGCUGGUGUUAUUAUAGUUGGAAAUCUGAACAGCUUAAGCCGAACCAGUACAGCCCUUCCUGCUGACUCUUACCAGAUUGGAGCCAUUGCCGGCAUCGUCAUUCUUGUCCUUCUUGUCCUCUUCCUACUGGCGCUGUUCAUUAUUUACAGACGCAAGCAGAAAGGGAAGGGCUCAGCCAUGCCGGCAGUGACCUACACCCCUGCCAUGAGGGUCAUCAAUGCAGAUUAUACCAUGUCAGAAACUCUGCCCCAUAGCAACGGUGGAAAUGCUAACAGCCACUACUUCACCAAUCCCAGUUACCACACGCUUACACAGUGUGCCACAUCCCCUCAUGUCAACAACAGGGACAGGAUAACCAUUGCCAAGUCAAAAAACAGCCAGCUAUUUGUGAAUCUUAAAAACAUGAAUCCUGGGAAGAGAGGCCCAGUGGUAGACUGCACAGGGACCUUGCCAGCCGACUGGAAGCACGGUGGCUACCUCAACGAGCUCGGUGCUUUUGGACUUGACAGAAGCUAUAUGGGGAAAUCGUUAAAAGAUUUGGGAAAGAAUUCUGAAUAUAAUUCAAGCAACUGCUCCUUAAGCAGUUCUGAAAACCCAUAUGCCACGAUUAAAGACCCACCUAUACUUCUCCCUAAAAACUCAGAGUGUGGCUAUGUGGAAAUGAAGUCACCAGCACGAAGAGACUCUCCAUAUGCAGAGAUCAGUACCUCAGCUUCAGCCAACAAGAAUGUCUAUGAAGUUGAACCUACAGUGAGUAUCGUCCAAGGAAUAUUCAGCAAUAAUGGGCAUCUCACCCAGGAUCCAUAUGACCUGCCAAAGAACAGUCACAUCCCUUGCCAUUAUGACCUGCUGCCAGUCCGGGACAGUUCAUCCUCACCCAAGAGAGAGAACAGUGGUGGCAGCAGUAGCAGUAGCAGCAGCAGUGAAUGACACCAAAGGACCGCUGGGUGACCCCUGAACCCCUUUCCAGAACUGCAGUUCAGUUCUUCUCCAUCCUCGAGUUUGCCACCUUAGAUUAAUGUUAAUCUACUUGGUAGGCAAUUGUUGGACUUGAAACAGAAAUCUCAAAGCUGAGGCUGUUGCUCAUUUUAGGUGACUUUUGUACAGGUGGUUUGGAAGGAGAUAGCAACCUGUUUCCCAUUGCUGUUAGUUUUAGAACUGUGCCCAUGAAGCAUGAGUUAUUGGAAAAUGUUGGCUAAAAGCAUGAACUUGCACAAGUCCUUUGGAGAAACAGGCUGUGGAGGACAUUGGUAUCAGUGCUUGGAAAUUUUAAACAAGUAUUUUUUUCUCAUUUUCAUUAUAGAGCUGUGCAGUUUACCAUAAACUUACUUAUUAAGUGGGAAUCAUUAAACAUGUUGGAGGCAAGAGGCAUAUUUUUGAGUCCUUGUUGCUUAAUUUUUUCCCAGCUGGACUCAAUUAUGGGGAUUAUAUGAACGAAAGACAAAGCACUCUGUCAGGUGGCAGGUCUGGAUAAUAUUUGAACAAACACUAGUGGUGGAUAGCAAAUUUAAAUAUAAACACUAGGUUUUUUCAGAAUGAGAAAAUGUACAAUUUAGAAUUAUUUUAGAAACAGUAGAAAUAUUGCAGAAAUCAAUACACAAAUGUGCCAGGCAGAGGUGGUCUUUCUCUGUUUGACCCUUGGCCAAUUUUAGAUCCAUGAUGUUAUUCUGUCAUUGUCUCCAUCAUGCAUAUUCACUGAGAGUAAUAACAUAUCAGCAAUUAUUUCAUAAAUAUAGAAUUGAAAUAAUUUUAUUUUUGAAAGACUGGAUUGAAUUAGUGUGUAAUGAUUGGCAGAGGUUGUAAAUUUUAAGUGUGAGAAGAUGCUUACAUUUUGUAAACCAUUAGUUUAUACAUGCUGUAAAGUAGAAUUAGUAGAAAGUUUUGAUUAAUUUUUCCCUAGAAGUGACUGAAACAUUUUUGUGCAUAUUUGGCAAAAGGGCACUUUCCUUGUAUUAAUUGUUGAUUUAGAGAAACUAUGCUUAAGCUGGUCUUUUGCAUUGCUAAUAUGACAUGUACCCCACUUUCAUUAAUUUGUAUUUUCAUUAAGUUGUGUAUUCUGUUUUGUAUU